AUGGCAAAAACAAAAGCGACGUUGAAAUUGAAAGAUCUACCCCAAGGAGCACUCAAGCUGGAACCUUACCAAGAACUCGUGGAUGACGCCCCUCAGUAUCCUGUCGUUGUACAAGGGCAUCGGAAUAAUAUGCAGAAAUUCAAGAACUGUGUUAUUUUGACUCGAGUAGGCGGUUUCUACGAGCUCUAUUUCGAGCAAGCCGAGGAGCUUGCUCCACUUCUCAACCUGAAGCUUGCUACGAAGAAGACCAACGCGGGCCCUGUUCCCAUGGCAGGCUUCCCUUUCUUCCAGUUGGAUCGCUUCUUGAAGACCCUUGUCCAGGACUUGAAUAAGUACGUGGCCAUCAGCGAGGAAUUCGCGAAUAAUGCGGAGGACAAGCUCCGGACUGGGGGGCUCCUCUUCGACCGCAGGGUCGCGAGGAUCAUCACGCCAGGCACACUGAUUGACGAGAAGUUCAUGGAUCCCUCCGAGAACAAUUUCUUAUUGGCCAUUUACAUCGAUAAAUCGUCAUUAAAAGCGCAGUUGGAGCAACACGAUGACUCGAUCUCGCAGCAGCACGUCCUGUUGUCCGCGUCUCAAAAUGUAGGCCUGUCCUGGCUGGAUCUUUCCACCGGCGACUUUUUCACACAAGUAACAACGGCACAAAUGCUCCCAUCUGCUAUUGCCAGAAUUGGUGCUCGCGAGAUACUCGCAGAUAAAGGUCUCCAGGAUAUAAUUGGCCAAGAAUUGUCAAUGCUGAUCGGACAUGACCACCGCCUGAUGACCUUCUUUGACUUUCCACAAACCGUUGCACCAAUGUCUAAAUGGGGAGCGAUGCUUGAGGCCCCUGUGCCCGCUAAAGCUGCUAAUACGUUCACUCCCGAGGAAAUUGCCGCUGGCUACAGUCUCCUAGAGUACAUACGGGUGCAACUCCAGGGUUUGAAUAUGAAGCUCCAGCCUCCUCGUCGUCGACAUUUGGACGAGUCGAUGAGCAUCGACCGCAACAGCCUAAGAGGUCUAGAGAUACUUGAAACUGCCCGCGAUGGCUUCGGCAAAGGAAGCCUUCUUCACGCCGUUCGUCGCACGUCGACAAAAAGCGGUGCGCGUCUGUUAAGGGACCGCCUCACAUCGCCUUCAACUUCUCAAUCGGUUAUCAAUGAACGCCUUGACCUUGUUUCGGUUUUCCUCGAGGACCGCGAACUGCACGAUACCGUGGUUCAGUUUCUGAAACGCAGCUAUGAUGCCCAACGCCUGGUCCAGAAAUUCACUCUUGGACGGGGUGAUCCUGACGAUUUGGUCUGUCUCUCCAGGGCGAUUGAAGCGUCGAAAGAGGUGAAACGAGUUCUAUCAAGCAAGAAACGUCGCAAAGCUGGGGUCGAGACAAAGCGCAGCCUAGCGACCAUGAUUGGUCGUUUCCACAUGGAUGGACCUUCCAUCUUGGCGGAAAAGAUCCUGGCAGCUAUUGAUGAGGAGGGUCUCCUGCAAAAACAACGCAUAGAAGAUGAUACGGCUGCACAAGCAGCAACUCUGGCUCAGGAGGUGACUACAAGUGAAGGGAUGGCGGAAGACGUGGCAGCACUACCCAAGAAAGUCAAGGCAAAGGGUGGUGACCGGGCUACUACGCCAACGGAUGAAGGCUCGGUUGUUGAUACUUGGAUCAUGAGGCGCGAUGCGAGCCCUGCUCUGAGUGAACUCCAUAAGACGUUGGAGCGUUUACAGGACGAGAAAUUGGAGUUGAUCCAACAUCUGCAUGACUCGGUCGGAUCAACCAUGCUAACGCUUAAGUGGACGCCUGGGCUGGGUCACAUUUGUCACGUCAAAGGGCCUAAAAUUACCCAGGAAUCUUUGGAGGAGCUUGGGGUGACACGGAAUGUCUCAUCUACGAAAUCAACCAGAUCGUUUUACCUGCCAGCAUGGACAGAGCUGGGUGGCCAGAUGGACCAGGUUAAGACUCAAAUUCGUCAAGAAGAGCAAGUGAUAUUUGAGGAGCUGCGGCGCGAGGUGAUUCUCAAUCUUGUUAAGAUCCGGCGCAAUGCGGCCGUCAUGGACGAGCUCGAUGUCGCGUGUUCCUUUGCCACCUUGGCCCAGGAGCAGCAACUUGUCCGCCCAAUCCUCAACGAAGGAAAGUGUCACAAGAUAAUUGGUGGAAGGCAUCCGACAGUUAAGCUUGGACUUGAGGAGCAAGGCCGACGUUUCGUCAGCAACGAUUGCUUCCUGGGUGAGAUGGAACGCAUCUGGCUUGUUACCGGCCCCAACAUGGCUGGGAAAAGCACGUUUCUCCGGCAGAACGCGCUGAUCACCAUUCUCGCUCAGGUCGGGUCAUUUGUCCCUGCAAGCUAUGCGGAAAUUGGCUUGGUUGAUAAGAUUUUCAGUCGCAUUGGAGCCGCUGAUGAUCUUUUCCGGGACCAGUCCACGUUCAUGGUCGAGAUGCUGGAAGCAGCCGCCAUUCUUAAGCAAGCGACACCACGCUCCUUCGUCAUCAUGGACGAGGUUGGCCGUGGGACGACCCCAGAAGAUGGAACAGCGGUCAGCUUCGCAUGCCUGCACCACCUUCAUUAUCACAACAAAUGCCGGACGCUGUUUGCGACACACUUCCACACGCUGGCCGACAUGACCCACGACUUUGACGCCCUGGGGAGAUACUGUACAGAUGUCAAGGAGACCGCCUCCGGGUCGUUCUCAUUCAUCCAUCGACUGCGUCAGGGCGUGAACCGCGAGUCGCACGCCUUGAAGGUGGCCCAGCUGGCCGGGCUGCCCAAAGAAGCCAUUGAGAUGGCCCGGAGCGUGCGUCAGCGUGUCACCAACGGCCCCAAUCUGGAUAAACAUACGAGCGACGAAGCCACACCGACGCAUACCGUGAACGGGGCAUAA